CCGGUCCCAGUGUCGUAUGUAGUGUGUGCGAGGCGGGUGUACCCAUCUCACCUCCGUGGCUAUGCGGCUUUACACCCCGGCCAAGGCACUGCCGGACCACCUCCCCCGAGGGUGGCACCAAGAGGCACAGCUGCUUGGCCCCGGCUCGUCUUGGAAGGCACUCCCGCGGGGCGUGCGUGGCAUCGGGGCACCGCUUCUGCUUAUGGCAUGAGUUGGCCUGAGGAAUGCAGACCCCAGGUACAGACGCAGAGGCGCCGUCGCUGCCGCCAGCCAUCGCUCACCAGUACCAGCUGGCGGACACGGAGAGCAAGCGAGGCCUCUGCUGGCGCUGCCUUCUGCCGAGGACGGACUUCUCCAAUCGCUCGAGCCGCUGCAGCAGCACCUCCACCUCCGCCCAGGCGUCUCCUGUCCCGGCGCCCAACCCUCCUGGAGCUCCGUCGGCGCCUGCUGUCUCUGCGGCGCCCAACGAGCCUCCUCCUGUCAAGGGCCGCACUGCCUAAGAAGUGGCCUGCCUCUGGAGCUGCAGCCACGCCCUGGGCGCCGUUGAAGGGCUGGAUCCCCGUGUCUAUGCUGCACCAGAUCGCCUUCAGCGGCGCGACGCCCGAGCACCAGACGCCCGUGGUGCACGCCCAGCCUCGCGCCCAGCCCUCCUCGCGCCCGCAGACCCAGGGGGGGGCCAGGCGGCGCUCGGAAAGGCCGCGGACAAGACGCCGGCGGCGCAGAAGCAGGAGCCGCCCGCGCCCCACGUCGGGUCCUUGAAGCAGGAGGAGAGCAGGGGCCUCUCGACAGGCGGGCAGCGCCCCCUCUGCCGAAUCCAAGACGGGCGGCGUCGGCGGCGUCGCUGACGAGAAGAAGAAGUACGAGGCGAUGGGCGCGAGGCCGAAGGUG